CAGUGUGUGUUUCGAGGUCAGUUUCAUGUGCAGGUCAUGAUGGAUCGAGCAGCUCUCCAGGUGAUUCUCUUGGGCAUGUUUCUCAUGUCAGCCACUUCAGACCCUGUUAAGAAGAAAAAAAAUGUGGAUAUAUACAGCUUCUACAUUAACUCCACGGUCACCAGUCGCUACGCCACAACAACAGUCAUCACGAGCCGUGUUGCGAACACACUGAAUGAAUCUCAAGAGAUCCAGUUUGAGGUCAAGAUUCCCAAGAAUGCCUUCAUCAGCAAAUUCAGAAUGACCAUAGAGGGAAAAACAUAUGAUGGGGUUGUGAAGGAAAAAGAAGCAGCUCAGCAGCAAUACAAUCAAGCAGUAUCUCGAGGACAAAGUGCUGGACUGGUCAAAUCUGUUGGAAGGACUUUAGAGGACUUUAAAACCUCAGUGACAGUGUCUGCUUUUAGUAAAGUGACCUUUGAGUUGACCUACGAGGAACUGCUAAAGCGUCGCCUCGGAAAAUAUGAGCUACUCAUCAAUGCCCAACCAAUGCAGCCGGUGGCUGACCUCAAGAUAGAUGUACACAUCCAAGAGAAACCAGGAAUUUCCUUCUUGGAGGUGAAAGGAGAUUUGAGCAUCGGUGAUCUGGCCAAUGCCAUCAAAACCACCAGAGCAGACAAAGACUUUCAGGCAUGGGUGACCUUCUACCCCACACAAGAUCAACAGACCAAGUGUAAAAGCUGUGGAGAAAAUGGGCUGAACGGUGACCUGCUCAUAACAUACGAUGUGGAGAGACAAAAUCCCAAAGGAGAAAUCAUGGUAUCAAAAGGCUAUUUUGUCCACUACUUUGCUCCAUCUGAUGUUCCACGUAUUUCCAAAAAUGUGGUAUUUAUCAUUGACCGGAGUGGUUCUAUGCACGGCAGAAAAAUAAAACAGACUCGUUUGGCACUGCUAAAGAUUUUAAGUGAUCUUGAUGAGGAUGACCACUUUGGAUUGAUCACCUUUGACAGUGAAGUUAGCUUAUGGAAGCGUGAGCUCCUCAAAGCUACUGAGGCAAAUCUGGAGAAUGCAAAAUCUUUUGUGAAGGAGAUCAGAGAUAGAGGAGCCACGGACAUAAACGCUGCAGUUCUAGCAGGAGUGGACAUGAUCAAUCGACAUCCACGAGAGGGAACAGCCUCCAUCCUGAUCCUGCUGACUGAUGGAGAUCCCACUACAGGUGAAACCAACAAAGAGAAAAUAAUGUCCAAUGUGAAAGAGGCCAUUGGGACCAAAUUUCCCCUCUAUUGUCUUGGUUUUGGAUAUGAUGUUAACUUUGACUUCCUGACAAAGAUGUCACUGGAAAAUAGUGGAGUUGCUCGCAGGAUUUAUGAAGAUUCAGACGCUGAUCUACAGCUGCAGGGCUUCUAUGAAGAAGUUGCUGUCCCUCUCCUCACUGAUAUUCAACUUAAAUACCCAGGAGGGACAAACCUUACCAAGACCAGCUUUAGUUUGUACUUCAAUGGCUCUGAGAUUGUGGUGUCAGGACAAAUAACAGACAACAGUGUGGAGAGUUUCACCACUGAAGUCAUCGCAGUAUCAAAAGGCAACAAUGUGACAUAUCAGGACACUAUAAUGACAAAAGACCCCAGUGAUGUCCCACCUGAGAAUGAAGAUUUCAUGCAGAGGUUGUGGGCCUACCUUACAGUGAAGCAGCUUCUGGAGAGACAGGUGCUUCUUAAAGGACAAGAGAAAGAGGAAGAAAAGAAAGAAGCUAUUAAACUCUCCCUGAAAUACCAGUUUGUCACUCCCCUCACCUCAAUGGUCGUUACUAAACCACAAGAAGGUGAAGUGGAAGUUGCUGACAAACCCAAAGAGGAAGAAGAGUCACCCAUACUUCCAGCAACUGGAUUUAGUCAGCAACACCAUAGUGUUGGUGCACCUUUCUAUCAUCCAGGUGUACAAUAUAGCGUCCUUAGUGCUGCACCAUCAGUACUUAUUCAACCACGCUAUGAUAUUGGUGCACCUCCCGAUCAUCCAGUUUUGCAUGAAUAUAGAGUUCUUAGUGAUACUGCUGCAUCUAAAUCAUCUUUUGUCCCAGUACCCCUUCCAGUAGCUGAGGAGGAAACCGAUACCUUGGGCUUAUAUCAAAGGCCCACACGUCCAGAGAUUGUACUUGUUCCUGUUACUAUGUCAGCUCCAACAGUUCAUAGAGGUAGCAAUCGUUUCCUGCUGCCUGUUGUUGGUCAGUCUAAGCCACUCUGUUUCGAAGUUCCUCUUCCUCACAAACUCCGACUCCUACAGGAUUCAGCUUCAGAGUUCUCUAUGAAUGGAGAAUCCCUGACUGGACAAAAUGGAUUCAAUCAAAUUGACUUACAUUACAAAACAAACCAUCAUCUUACUAUAAAAACAACGUCUAUCAGAUACCGCGACGGCCAGAAUCAAGUUGAGUUCUUGUGGGGCCAGGAACUGACUCAAAACAAUACUGAGGGCGUCUCUCUGAUUCUACGGAGCAAUGAAAUAGACGUCACCAUGGGAAAUAUUCACAUCGUUAUUCUUCUCCAUAAGGAAAAUUGGAACAUGUUUCUGUGGCCUGCUGUUCGGACCAGGCCAAAAGAUGUCAGUUUAACAGGUGUUUUAGGAGAGCCUGAUAUUUCAUAUGAUGAGAUCCAAGGAACACAAACACCAACUUUAAAGUUAAAGGACCAGGAAGUGAAGACAUCUCUGGUGAUGGUGAAGGACUACAGACUUGCUUCUGCUCCUGUGGUUGGAUGUUGGCUCGUACCAUUCCAGGCUCUCACACAGCGAGAGCUCUCGGACUUCACCGUCACUCAGCUGUAGAGUUCAGCAAAAAUCA